AUGAGGGGGACGGGGAAACACCACCGCCGGUGUGGCUCCGACACGCCUCCCGCCGGGAGAUCUGCCAGCGGCGGCUCCUCGCCGGGAACGGAAUAUUCCGUGGAUCCGUCGGCGGAGUUCGUCGAGGUCACCCUCGACCUCCAGGACGACGACACCAUCAUCCUCCGCAGCGUGGAGCCGGCGGCCGCCGUCGCCAUCAACAUCGGCGGGGAGGCCGCCGCGGGAAUCGUCGGCGUGGAGGCCACUCCGGCGUCGGCCUCGACCUCCAGAUCUACUACCAUGAGGCGAAGCUUGUCCAACAACAAGCUCAUCCAGUUCUCGCAGGAGCUCAAGGCGGAGGCCUUUGCCCGCGCGAGGCAGUUCUCGCAGGAGAUGAGGAGGUUAUCGUGGAGCCACGGCCGCGCGUCGCGGAUACUCUCCGGCGGCGCUGGGGGAGGCGGAGGCGGAGGCGGAAUUGAAUCGGCGCUGGCGGCAAGGGCGAUGCGCCGCCAGCGCGCGCAGCUGGAUCGCACCCGCUCCGGCGCCCAGAAGGCGCUCCGGGGGCUGAAGUUCAUCAGCGACGGCAAAAAAAGCCACGUCGACGGCUGGAGCGAAGUGGAGAGAAACUUCGCGAAACUCGCCAAAGAUGGCUACCUCUAUCGAUCUGAUUUUGGGCAAUGCAUAGGAAUGAGAGAUUCGAAGGAAUUUGCGCUGGAAUUGUUCGAUGCGUUGAGCAGAAGGAGACGGCUGACAGUCGACAGAAUCAGCAAGGAAGAGCUUUACGAAUUCUGGUCGCAGAUUACAGAUCAAAGUUUUGAUUCCAGGCUUCAGAUUUUCUUCGACAUGGUGGACAAGAAUGAAGAUGGCCGAAUCACGGAGGAGGAAGUCAAAGAGAUCAUUAUGGUGAGUGCCUCUGCGAAUAAGUUGUCAAGGCUAAAAGAGCAAGCGGAAGAGUAUGCUGCUCUGAUUAUGGAAGAGUUAGACCCUGAAAGGCUUGGAUACAUUGAGCUAUGGCAGCUGGAAACACUAUUGCUACAAAAGGACACAUACUUAAAUUACAGCCAAGCCCUCAGCUACACGAGCCAAGCCCUGAGCCAGAACCUUCACGGGCUCAGGCACCGGGGCCGCUUGAGGAGAAUAAGCACCAAACUGCUUUACUUCUUGCAAGAAAAUUGGAGGAGGAUUUGGGUCCUGACACUGUGGAUUUUGAUCAUGAUUGGGCUGUUCACGUGGAAAUUCUAUCAGUACAAACAGAAAAACGCGUACAAAGUCAUGGGCUAUUGUCUUCUCACGGCCAAGGGUGCGGCGGAGACUUUGAAAUUCAACAUGGCGCUCGUGUUAUUGCCUGUGUGCAGGAACACCAUAACCUGGCUGAGGUCCUCCAAGCUCGGCUACUUUGUACCGUUCGACGACAACAUCAACUUUCACAAGACAAUAGCUGCAGCCAUAGUUGUGGGCGUCAUACUCCACGUAGGCAACCACCUUGCAUGUGACUUUCCAAGACUCAUAAACGAGCCCGAUUCCAUGUACAACCGUUAUUUUAUUGACGACUUUGGUAAGAAUAAGCCCAAAUACAUGGACCUUGUCAAAGGGAUCGAGGGUGUGACCGGGAUUCUAAUGGUGAUCCUCAUGAUAAUUGCUUUUACAUUGGCAACACGGUGGUUCAGAAGGAGUCUUAUUAGGUUGCCUAAGCCAUUUGACCGCCUCACUGGCUACAAUGCCUUUUGGUAUUCUCACCACCUGUUUGUCUUUGUCUAUGUGCUGCUCGUCAUCCAUGGGACUUUCCUGUAUCUCGUUCACCACUGGUACAAAAAGACGACGUGGAUGUACCUUGCGGUUCCUGUGAUUCUGUAUGCAGGGGAAAGGAUACUAAGAUUCUUUCGCUCAGGCUUCUAUAGUGUUCGGCUUUUAAAGGUUGCUAUUUAUCCAGGAAAUGUAUUGACAUUGCAAAUGUCGAAGCCUCCACAAUUCAGAUAUAAGAGUGGGCAAUACAUGUUUGUCCAAUGUCCGGCCGUUUCUCCAUUUGAAUGGCAUCCAUUUUCAAUUACCUCGGCACCUGAUGAUGAUUACCUCAGCAUUCACAUAAGGCAGUUAGGUGACUGGACACACGAACUAAAGAGGGUAUUUUCCUUGGCAUGUGAGCCUCCUCUUGCUGGGAAGAGUGGAUUACUCAGAGCCGAUGAAACUACCAAAAAGAGUUUGCCCAAGCUAUUGAUAGACGGACCUUAUGGAGCCCCUGCACAGGACUACAGGAAGUAUGAUGUCCUCUUGCUCGUCGGUCUUGGAAUUGGAGCCACACCUUUCAUUAGCAUCCUAAAAGAUUUACUUAACAAUAUUGUCAAAAUGGAGGAGCAGACUGAUUCAACCUCAGAUAUUAGUAGAAAUUCGGACCAGAGUGUGAGCUCGUUCGACUCAACUAACACAAAGAGGAGGAAAACUCUAAGGACAACCAAUGCUUACUUCUAUUGGGUCACUAGAGAACAAGGGUCAUUUGAUUGGUUCAAAGGCGUCAUGAAUGAAGUCGCCGAACUUGAUCAAAGGGGUGUCAUUGAGAUGCAUAAUUAUUUAACUAGUGUGUAUGAGGAAGGUGAUGCUCGUUCGGCUCUCAUCACCAUGGUUCAGGCGCUUAACCAUGCUAAAAACGGGGUUGACAUUGUAUCUGGCACGAGGGUUAGGACGCAUUUUGCGAGGCCUAACUGGAAAAAAGUCCUAUCUAAGAUCGGCACCAAGCAUGCCAAUGCAAGAAUAGGCGUAUUCUACUGCGGGGCACCGGUAUUGGCAAAAGAACUCAACCAGCUGUGUUACGAGUACAAUCAGAAGGGCUCGACCAAAUUCGAAUUCCAUAAAGAACAUUUCUAA